GGCCCAUGAUCCAAACCUCUGUGAGACUCCACGCCCUGUUUUCCGGGGAGCCCGUGGAGAUCCAGCCCUACAACACGCUGCUCCUCUUACGUCCCGUCCGCGAUCAGUGAGCUGGCCGCGGAAGAGAUUUCUCCUUCGGCUUGGAUCUUAUCUUUUACUCCAACUGAGCUCUUUCUAGUCUUUUGCGCGCUCGGCAAAUGUCGGGAGCGGUAUAGUGGACGCGUCUGUGCCGAGUCGUGCGCAAAUCUUUCUGAGACUGCGCCUCCGUGGCAAUGGAUUGAUUUCAGUGGUUUUUUCCCUUCCCCAACCUCUGCCUCGACCAAGUUGAGAAAACAGUGUGUAACCUGCGGCUCUCUCCUUCCAGCUACAUGUUUCAUCCGGCCAGUUUUAAAAGUAGCCUACCUGGCUCCGGAUGUUCCUGCACAUUUUAGGACGUUGAACUUUUUUUUUCCUUCUUCUCUUUGUGCAUUCACAGGAGGUGGACGGGGAUUUUAAGGAUUUAUAUAUAUUUAUUUAUUUAAAAAACAAAAACAGCUUCUCCGGGGUUCUUAAAGCCUGCAAAGAUUUAUUCGUGAAAAGUGAUGGCCGAGCGGGGAGCUCUGUCGCUCCUCUCUCUCCUCUGUCUCACCUUUCUCUACACGGAGACCACCGCUGCAAAGCAUGUCGACAAAGCUUCAGCAGUGCAGCCCUUCAGCCCCUUCUGGUUCACCGUGGAGCCCCAGGACACGCUGGCCAUCCGGGGGAACUCCGCUUUCCUCAACUGUUCUGCACACAGCGACGCAGCCACGCCGGCACACAUCGAAUGGAAGAAAGACGGCACCUUCAUGAGCCUGGUUUCAGACGAGAGGAGAAAAAUACUGCCCGACGGCACGCUGUUCUUCAGCCAUGUGGUCCACUCUAAACAUAACAAGCCAGACGAAGGAACCUACCAGUGUGUUGCCACCAUUGAGAACCUGGGAUCCAUUUCCAGCCGCACGGCACGCCUCUCUGUAGCAGGGAUGCCCAGGUUUGCCAACCAACCGUUGCCAGCCACUGCGCGACUUGGGGACAGUCAGGUGAUGGCAUGUGAGGUCAACUCGGAUCUGGUGGCCUUCAUCCGGUGGGAGAAAGACCGACAGCCCCUGGAGCUGAGUACCAGGUUGAUCCAGCUACCGAGUGGAGCCCUGGUUAUAAGCAAUGCCUCGGAGACGGACGCUGGCACGUACCGCUGCCUUGUGGAAAAUGUUGGCUCUUCCAAGUUGAGUGAUGAGGCCGAGCUCCAAACUGUACCAGAAACUGGCGAGGAGAGGAAGCUGGAAUUCCUGGUGCAGCCUGUGUCUGUGACCAAGACGACUGAUGCCAGCGUGCUGCUGCCCUGUGUGGCCACGGGUUACCCUGCACCACGCAUCAGCUGGAUGUUUGGAGACAAGCUGCUGGAAGAGAGUGAUGGUCGGGUGGAGGUGCUGGGAGGGGGCAGUCUACAAAUUUCCAACCUCACGGAGGCAGACGCUGGGAUCUACACCUGUGUUGCAGACAAUUCCAACACCACCAUUGAAGCCCAGGCCCAACUCGCAGUACAAGUUUCCCCGCAGUUCGUGAAGCGGCCGGCCAACAUUUAUGCCCACGAGUCCAUGGACAUCAUCUUUGAGUGUGACGUGUCGGGGUCACCUGCUCCCACGGUCAAAUGGGUCAAGAAUGGAGACGCCGUCAUUCCCAGCGAUUACUUCAAAAUAAUUGAGGACCACAACCUGCAGAUUUUGGGUCUGGUCAAGUCAGACGAGGGCUUCUACCAGUGCCUGGCAGAAAACGAUGCGGGCAACAUCCAGUCCAGCGCCCAGCUUAUCAUCCUGGAUCCAGUCGUAGCCCUGCCCUCUUUCCCUCCCCCUUCACUGACUCCUAACACUACUGACCAUGUAACACCAGGCUCCAGAGGUGUAGGCAGUCCAGCAGGGCCCACCUCCUCGGCCCCCCGAGACGUCGUGGCUUCGCUGGUGUCCACUCGCUUCAUCAAGCUGACCUGGCGUCAACCAGCUGAGCCGCAUGGGGACGAGUUGACCUACUCCAUUUUCUACAGCCAGGAGGGCACGAGCAGGGAGCGAGUCGUGAAUACCAGUCGUCCAGGGGAGAUGCAGGUCACCAUCCAGAACCUCAUGCCAGACACCAAAUAUCGCUUCAGGGUUGUGGCCCACAAUAGCAACGGCCAGGGCGAGAGCUCUGCAGCGCUCAAAGUGGCCACCCAAGCUGAAGUCCAAGUACCCGGCCCGGCUCCUAACCUGCAGGGGGUGUCCAACACGCCGACCUCCGUUUCUCUCAGCUGGGACAAACCCCUCACUGGCAAUGGAGAGAUCCUCUCGUACAAGUUGUACUACACGGACAAGAGCGUCGGCAAAGAGCAGGAUAUUGACGUAGACGGCCAGUCGUACAGCAUGGCGGGGCUGAAGAAGAACACAGAGUACAGUUUCCGUGUGGUGGCCAACAACAGGCACGGUCCUGGCGUCUCCACUGAGGACGUUGUCGUUCGCACCCUGUCUGACGUACCAAGUGCCCCGCCUCAAAACCUGACCAUCGAGGUCCAUAACUCAAAGAGCAUCAUGCUUCGGUGGCAGCCUCCGCCCCUGAGCGGCCAGAACGGGAAGAUCACCGGCUACAAGAUACGAUACCGGAAAGGAUCCCGCAGGAGCGAAUCUGAAACCACUGAAGGCACCCAGCUUUACAAGCUCAUGGAUGGUCUCGAGCAUGGAACAGAGUACUCCUUCCGAGUGUCAGCCAUGACGGUAAAUGGCACGGGACCGGCCACCGAGUGGAUGACGGCAGAGACGUUUGAGAGCGACUUGGAUGAGUCCCGUGUUCCGGACCAGCCUAGCUCACUGCACGUCCGGCCGCUGGUCAACAGCAUCGUGGUGAGCUGGACGCCGCCAGAGAACCAGGACAUUAUGGUGCGCGGUUACGCGAUUGGCUACGGCAUCGGCAGUCCACACGCGCAGACCAUCAAGGUGGACUACAAGCAGCGCUACUUCACUAUCGAGAACCUCGACCCCAGCUCCCACUACGUGAUCACACUAAAAGCCUUCAAUAACGUGGGUGAAGGCAUUCCCGUGUACGAGAGCGCCGUCACCAGAGCACAGUCAGACCCCGAUGUUGACCUGUACGACCUCUUACAUGCUCCAUACACCCCAGUACCAGACCCUCUCCCCAUGAUGCCGCCGGUGGGCGUUCAGGCGUCGGUGCUGAGCCACGACACCAUCAAGGUGACCUGGGCCGACAACUCGCUGCCCAAGAGCCAAAAGGUCACAGAUAACCGCUACUACACAGUGCGAUGGAAGACCAACAUCCCUGCCAACACUAAAGUGAAGAUGGUCAACACCACCAACCUGAGCUACACGGUGCCAGAUCUGAAGCCCAACACGCUGUACGAAUUCUCCGUCAUGGUGACCAAAGGCCGCCGUGUCAGCACAUGGAGCAUGACAGCCCAGGGCACCACCUUUGAGACCACUCCCAGCUCCGCCCCGAAGGAUGUGACUGUGGUGAGCAAAGAGAACAAACCACGCACCAUAAUUGUCAACUGGCAGCCUCCCUCUGAGGCCAAUGGAAAAAUCACUGGCUAUAUCAUCUACUAUAGUACAGAUGUAAACGCCGUGGUCCACGACUGGGUUAUCGAACCAGUGGUGGGCAAUCGUCUGACUCACCAGAUCCAGGAGCUAACGCUGGACACCACCUACUACUUCAAGAUUCAGGCCCGAAACUCAAAAGGCAUGGGCCCCAUGUCUGAGCCCGUGCAGUUCCGCACUCCAAAAACUGAGUCCUCUGACAAAAUGGCUAAUGACCAAGCCUCAAAUCUCACACCAAAGAUGGGACCUUCAGGAAACCAACCUCCACGGGACCCUGUUCCACCAAGAAUUAAAGAUGGGGAAAAUCAUAUCCUGGUCAUUGUCAUAAUCAUCUCAGUGGGAGCCUUCACCAUCAUAGUGGUGGUAGUGGGGGCUUUCCUGUGCACGCGGCGCACCACAUCCCACCAGAAAAAAAAGCGGGCUGCCUCAAAAUCUUCCAACGGCUCUCACAAAUACAAGGGAAACUCCAAAGACCUGAAGCCACCCGAUCUUUGGAUUCACCACGAGAGGCUGGAGCUUAAACCCAUGGACAAGUCGCCAGACCCCAAUCCAGUCAUGACUGAAACCCCCAUUCCCCGCACCUCACAGGACAUCACCCCUGCUGACAGCGGAUUGGAGAGCAACCCCCACCUGCAGCAGAGGCGCAACUCCUACCGUGGCCACGAAUCAGAGGACAGCAUGUCUACACUAGCAGGCCGACGAGGGAUGAGGCCUAAAAUGAUGAUGCCUUUUGAUGCGCAGCCGCCUCAGCCCGUGAUUAGCGCUCACCCCAUCCAUUCCCUCGAUAACCAUCACCACUAUUAUCACAUGGGCAGCCUGUCGUCGGCGACACGCAGCUACCUCUACCACCAGGGCAGCGGGUACCCACGCCCGCACACCUGCACCCCCAUCUCUCAUCUAGACAGGGUGGACUCCACAGAGUCUGUGAGGAAUACUCCCAGCUCUGAGCCCGCCCCUCCUGCCACCGCCUCCUCCCAAGCCUCCUGCCCCUCAGAGAUCCUGGCUGACCCAGAGGGCAGCUACCACGGCUCCACCACCACAGAGGAGGAGCCUAGCUACUCCAGCAACCUGCCCCCACUCCGCUCAGCUCACCCGCAUGCCCACGCCCACCCUCUUAAGAGCUUCGCUGUACCUGCAAUCCCAGCCUCCAGCCACCCAUCCUAUGAGUCUCCCGCCCUGCCCAGCACUCCCCUGCUCACUCAGACCGGGCCUCCCACUCACCCGCAUGUUGUGAAAACAGCCUCCAUCGGAACACUAGGAAGGACACGAACACCGAUGGUGGUCACCGUGCCCAACGCCCCCGAUGUACCAGAGACCAGCAAGAUGCUAGAAGAUGUAGACAGCGUGCUUGCCUCCCUCCCCCCCUGCCCCUCCCCCGCCCCCCGCAGUAACCCUGUUCCUCUCCCCCAGAGCUACGAGCCCGACGAGCUGACCGAGGAGAUGGCCCACCUCGAGGGCCUGAUGAAGGACCUGAACGCCAUCACCACAGCGCCAUGAGCAUGCACUUGCACCAAAACACCACACACAGACAGACACACACACAACCACACACUCUCUGUCACCCCCCACACACACAUACAGAAAGUCACACACCCUAAAGAAAAAAACACAACCAAACAAUACAAAACAAAUCAACAAAACCUUCGGAGCCAGAGGCUGCUGGACACAAAAUGGCUUCUCAUCCCCACGAAAAAGAAAAAAAAACUCUCGCGUCUCCCCCUGCAGAGAAAAACAAAACUUCCAGACUGAAACGUAGGAAUUACUUUUUCCUUUUUUCCCCGGCUUACCUUGCUCAGUCUCAGGAAGGAGAUUGCCAUGAGAGGGAAGAAAAAGUGAGACAACUUCAUCUUUAUAUGAAGAACCAUUCUCAGAGACUAUGAACUUUUAAAAAGGAAAAAUAAAAACAAACAAACAUUGGUCGCUUUCAACCGGAAGAUUGUGAAUUUUUUUUUUUU